AUGAUCACAGUAAAUUUGGAUUCUGAUUUAUUUGAUCUCAAUGAUGAAUUUCAGCUAGUUAAGACCAAUAAACAGAAAAGCGUCAAGAGACAGAUAACAAAAGCUUUUAUGACUGCUGAUAAGACAGUAAAAAGGCAGGCUCUAGGUGGUGCUUAUGAAAUAAUGAAUACUUUAUUUGCUUAUCAACAAAAAGGUGUAAAGAAACAAAAACUACCUAAUUUUGAAACUAAAUAA